GUUCUGGUUUGGUUUAAAUGUAAUGACCUAAUAUUUCGAAAAAAAAAAAAUGAGAUAAAAAAAACACCUCAACAUGGUCAAAACACUCAAGGCUAGGGUAAAUGUAAGACUUGGGUAAACAAUUUUUCCCUCCCCCUCCCCUCUCUACCGCUCACUUUCUCUCCUCCAUCCUUUUCCUCCCUCUCUCUCCACGUCCGCCUCGUCGACCCCUCCUUCCCUUCCUCCUCCGCCAAUCACCUCUCCUCCUUCAUCUCCGCCUCUCGGUACCGACGUCUUGAUGGUCAUCCUUCAUUCAAUAGUUGACGAAGGAGAGGAAAUCGACGGCGGAAGUCUCUGAAGAUCUAUCAUUUGACAACGAAUUCGACGAUUACGGCGGCGGUUUGAGUUGUGUGAGGGCUUUCAUCAUAGAUGAUCGAUGCAUUUCCGGAACAACUUGAGUUCCGGAUUACUCUGAAUUGUUUAUUUUAGAGCCCAAGUCAGUGUUGGCGAUUGAAUUUCAUGAAUAAAAGCUUCGAUAAAGUGGGAGUGUAAUUGUCUUGCUACAGAUUGGAGAUAACAAUGGCCGGAGUAAUAACAAAGUUUUUUACUGCGUCAUUGUUCAUGUGGAUAGCUCCUGUUGCAAUAUUGUACGGGUAUAACAACAAUCUGAUUCCUGGUUCAAGCGACUUGUCUCCUCAUACUCUCACACUGUUGAGUGGAUUCCUUGCUGUUGUUUCUGUCAAUAUAGUAAUUGCAUUCUACAUAUAUAUGGCAAUGAAGGAACCUUCGGAUAAACAUGAGCCUGAUCCUGCAUUUCUUGCUGAGGCCAAAGCUAGCAUAAACCAGUCUACAGCUGACGCUGGCAGCUCUUCCCAAUCCUCCAAGAAAAAUGAGUAAAAUGUGGUUUGCCAUUUCCAAAGAUGCAAGAAAGGGCGCAGAAAUUUUGGCGAGCAUGGUGGUUUUCAUUCUGUCAUUUGCUGUUAAACCUGAGGUAUGAUAUUGAUAUGAGAACCUUCUUCCCAGAAGUGUAUUCACUUGGUAAACUAGAUGCUACGACUUCACCCUUCAUUUUUGAAUCAAAUGCUAAUGUUGGAGGACUUGCACUUGCUUCAUCAUAAUCCGGUCAUUAAAUUUAUAGCUUUUGACAUUUGUGUGUAAGAUUCUUUCAGACUCAUACGGAUUGCAGAACUAUAGUAAUA